CUGUUUCACCCUCUAACCUGCGAAAGCUCCUCCUGGAUGCGAGGAAGCAGGGCUGCAGCAGACAGCACAUCUGACCUUCACGUUAAUGCAGAUUAAACGCAUCACGUCCUCGCAGGCUGCACCGCGCCAAUGGAUCGCCUGUAAGAGUCCCCCGGUGCCCUUCCAAGAAGUUUUAACGGAGUUCCGCUCGGCCGUGGGUCGAUGUGGGCACCAUGCACGCUGACGUCUGCUUUCUGCUUUGCGCGUGCUUUUUCUCCACCGGAGCGCUGCAGCUGCGCGGACAGGUGCUUCAGACGUGCAGCCAAACCAGAUACAAGCGAGAAACCACCAGGACCGAGAGAGAAGCGCGUAAACCUGGCAGCACUUUGCUCAUGAGAAGUCCAGAUGUCACGAAAGCUCCCGUUACGAAAUCAGAACAGCUCCUCAAGCUAGAUGACCAUGACUUCACCAUGAGGCCUGGCUUUGGAGGUCCUGCGAUACCCGUGGGCGUUGACGUUCAGCUCGAGAGCCUGGACACCAUCUCUGAAGUAGAUAUGGACUUCACCAUGACCCUGUACCUGAGGCAUUACUGGAAGGACGAGCGACUGUCCUUUCCCAGCAACACCAACCAGAGCAUGACCUUUGAUGGCCGGCUGGUGAAGAAAAUCUGGGUACCUGACAUAUUUUUUGUCCAUUCCAAACGAUCCUUCAUUCAUGACACCACCACGGAGAACGUCAUGCUCCGAGUGCAUCCUGACGGCAAAGUGCUCUACAGCUUGAGGGUUACAGUCACAGCGAUGUGUAAUAUGGAUCUCAGUCACUUUCCUCUGGACACGCAGACGUGCUCGCUGGAGAUCGAGAGCUAUGCCUAUACUGACGAUGACCUCAUGCUGUACUGGAAGAGAGGAAACAAAUCUCUGCAGACGGACGAGAAGAUCUCUCUGUCUCAGUUCCUCAUUCAGGAGUUUCACACCACCACAAAACUAGCCUUCUACAGCAGCACAGGUUGGUACAAUCGUCUUUACAUCAACUUCACUCUGCGUCGUCAUAUCUUCUUCUUCCUGCUUCAGACGUAUUUUCCCGCCACUCUGAUGGUCAUGCUGUCAUGGGUGUCCUUCUGGAUCGACCGGAGAGCUGUUCCUGCUCGGGUUCCUCUGGGCAUCACCACGGUGCUCACCAUGUCCACCAUCAUCACCGGAGUGAACGCCUCCAUGCCCAGAGUCUCCUACAUCAAAGCUGUGGACAUUUAUCUGUGGGUCAGCUUCGUCUUUGUCUUCCUGUCUGUGAUCGAGUACGCCGCUGUCAAUUACCUGUCCACUCUGCAGGAGCGCAAAGAGAGGACGCAAAGUAACAGGCAGUUGCCGUGUACGUGUGGAAUGACCCAUCCUGGUCAGAUGAUGAUGAGCAACAGCUACAGCGACAUGGACAUGAUGACCACGGGGAACUACGGCAUGUCGGAGCUCAACGGAGACAAACAGGAGCAAUUCCUGGUUCAUCUGGUCCUGGAUAACGAGCAGGGAGCUCAAAGACCCGCCGUAAGCUCAAACAGCAGUGUAUUCAUAGACACCCAUGCCAUAGACAAAUACUCUCGGGUCAUCUUCCCCGGAGCCUACACGCUCUUCAACAUCAUAUACUGGUCCAUCUACUCACAAUGACUGCUGCUCCUUUACAUUAUAUCACGUUUGUGCAAGUUUUGGAAAAUACAUUCGUUUUUUUUAUUACGCUUGCUUCUCAGCAAUAAAUGAAUACAGUUGACUUGUGCGGGCAGGUGACAUAAUGCACCGGUUUUCUCUCCUCAAAAGAAAAGGUUUAUUUUUUCAUUUUUCUUAUAUAUUUGAAUCCGUAGGCCGAAUAGCAAAGAACAUAGAUUUUGUCAAUAAAUGUCAAAAUGCAUAUGCAGAUCUGUUUAGCGGUUUCAAGUAAAAAUGCGUAAGUUGUACUGACGUGAUUGUCCACCGCAUGAACUUGGAAAUACAGAACGCUAUCAAAAUGAGCGAUGCGCAUCAAAAUAUUAUUUUAAACACAACAAUGUUGUUAUUAUUGCAGUAUUAUUUACUGGAUUGUUUCAUUAUGAGUGGUCAUGCAUUUUUAGAUCCUGAGGAAACUGAAAAAAAAAAAAAAAAACUGUGGAGUUACUCAAAAUUAAUUUUUAAUCUCUUGGGAACAUUAAAAAUAUUGCAAAUCAGGGAAGAUGGGAAAAAAAGAACAUUUCCAUUUGCUCUCUUGCAGUGGUUUAAAUCUGUAAUAUUUAUGUGGAAUAUAUUUUAAGGUCAUUCAUUUAUAUAGUUUUGUACACUGAAAUGAGAUCUGCAUGUUUAAGCAUAAAAUACAGCAUGUUUUAAAUAUUUGUGUUGAUGCAACAUAUUGGCAUUAUGUCUCAUGAUCUGAUCAUGUGUUAAAAUUGUUAAUAUUAAUAAACUUUUUCUAGCUGUA